ACCCCGUUUAGUGCAAUUAUUUCACAAGUUUUGUUAUAUACACAACUCGAAAAAUAUUACCGAGGUCCGGACCUCGGUGACCUCAAUGGUAGAUACGGCCAUGACAACGGCUCAAGCUAACAAGCCCGUCCCAACCCGUGUCAACCCAUUCACCUUAGCAGCAAAGGGAAAGAUGACAGUAGAGAAACGUGAGGAGUGCCACAGAAAAGUCACCGCUUUUGUGGUGAAAAGGCUGCAUCCCUUCUCAGAAGUAGAAGCACCUACAUUUCGGGAGAUGCUUUUUACUCUUAACCCCAACUACACCCCCCUUAUCAGAGAUUAUCUGAAAAAUCAGUUAAUACCAUUUUGGUAUGAGAUUGAAAAGUCAAAAAUAAUUACUGAGCUUAGUGAAGUUAGCUGUGUUGCCCUCACAUCUGACGGCUGGACUAGUAUUGCACAAGACCACUACCUUACUGUCACAGCACACUAUUUAGUGGAGGGCAAAAUGUGGCAAAAAGUGCUCCAAACCAAGGCUGUCUACAAAGCCCAGACAGGAAUCGUCAUAGCAGAGGAGAUUGCAGAUGUCUUGACAGAUUUUGGCCUUUUUGACAAAAUAGUGGCAGUCACAGUUGACAAUGCUGCAAAUAUGGAUGUAGCCAUACACAGGCUCCAAUUUGUGAAGCCGGGCUGCUUUGCUCACACUUUGAAUCUGGCAGCACAGAGUCUCUACUCAUUGGCCAUCAUGUCUCAAUGGAUAGCAAAGAUCUCUGCACUUGUUGUGUGGAUUAAGAGGUCAUCAAUGGCUAAAACCGUGCUCCAGGAGAAGCAGACUUGCCCGGUUCACUGACGAAGACCUCAGGCGGGCAGAGGACUUCAUCAGACUGAUGAGGGUUAUGUACACGUCCACCCUCUGCGUUUCUUCGGAAAAGAACCCGACAUCUGGACAGAUUCUGCCCAUUCUCAAAAAGCUUGAGAUGCAUUUUACAUUACAUUACAUUACAUUUAGCUGACGCUUUUAUCCAAAGCGACUUACAAUAAGUGCGUUCG